AUGAUUGGACUGGCCAAUUUCUGGACUAUCUGGAUACUUACCGCCGAGGUGCUGGACUACUUCAAUCACAACAUAGCCACCGUGAGAUUCAUGGAGGGGAGCAGAGCGGAGAUUCAAGCCAUGGAGAACGCCCAGAACCUGUCGCUUACCGUUCUUUGGGCCGUAUAUGCCUUGGUCUUGCUCGCGGUGGGCAUCAUAGGUAAGCUGCGAGCAGUACGGCUGGCGGGGUUGGCGCUGCUCACCAUACCGGUGGCCAAGGUCUUCGUAUACGACGUCUUCCAAUUGGAGCAGGCUUACCGAGUUGCCGCCUUCAUAGGACUCGGUGCGCUCCUUCUCAUAGGCGGAUAUCUCUAUCAGAGGUUCGGACGCGCAAUCAAGGGAGUUCGUCACCGAAUGAUGUAUUCUUUCGAGGACUGCUCAUUCGGGCUCAAAGCAGUGACCGCGCCGUAUCGGUUUGGCAUAAUAGGGAUUCCCAUGGCGGUUGGCGGAAUGUUUCAUUCCGCCUCAAGGAACGGAGGCGGGUAUGGCGACUCGCGUGCUUGAACUGAUCGAGGACAGCUGGAUGCGGGCGGCAGCGUCUCGCUGCCCGCGACCAACCGGGUCGUCUACGUCGUCGAGGGC